AUGGCAUCAAAGACAGUCUGUUCAGCCGCCCGCAUGCGCGUGGCCAGCUCUCAAGUGCUCAGAUCCAUAGCCAGCAGCCGAACAUAUGCAACCACCAACCCUGAAUCGACCAUCGGAGACACAAAACCCACCCCCAAAAGAGCCCCAACCACAUUCAAGGACAAGCUGAACAAGGGACCCUCGUUCUCCGACUUCGUAGGCGGGGGCAACGAACCCCCUCUCCCACCCAGCGAAGCGUACGCCCUCAAAACCGCCCUCGUGGGACCUCCCGGAAAGAAGAAGGAGAUCACCCGUCUCCCAUCGUGGCUCAAGACAUCCAUCCCGGACUCCUCAUCAUACAAAAAGAUAAAGAACGACCUCCGAGGCCUAAACCUGCACACGGUAUGUGAAGAGGCCCGAUGUCCUAACAUCUCCGAAUGCUGGGGCGGUGACUCCAAGGCCGCGGCGACGGCUACCAUCAUGUUGAUGGGCGACACAUGUACCCGUGGAUGCCGAUUCUGCAGCGUCAAAACCUCCCGCACCCCUCCUCCUCUUGACCCGCAUGAACCGGAGAAUACGGCCGAGGCACUGUCGAGAUGGGGAUUGGGGUACGUCGUUAUGACGGCCGUGGACAGAGACGAUCUCGUAGAUGGAGGAGCGAGGCAUUUUGCGGAGACCGUACGACGGAUCAAGGCGAAGGCUCCGAAUAUCCUUGUCGAGUGUCUUACGGGCGACUUCUCGGGGGAUCUGAAGAUGGUGGCACUCAUGGCCGAGUCCGGGCUGGAUGUAUAUGCUCACAACGUCGAGACGGUCGAAGCUCUCACGCCCUUUGUACGUGAUAGACGAGCGACAUUUCAACAGUCGCUCUCCGUUCUACGCGGGGCAAAGGCGACGAAGCCGGACCUUAUCACGAAGACGAGUAUAAUGCUGGGACUAGGCGAGACAGAGGAUCAGGCGAUGGAUGCGCUGAGGCAGCUACGUGCGGCACAGGUCGAUAUUGUUACGUUUGGUCAGUACAUGAGGCCUACGAAGCGACACAUGGCUGUGCACGAGUACGUGAGGCCCGACGUGUUUGAUAUGUGGAAGGAGAAGGCGAUGGAGAUGGGAUUCCUAUACUGUGCCAGCGGCCCGUUGGUGAGAAGUAGCUAUAAAGCCGGAGAGGCGUUUAUUGAGAACGUGCUGAAGAAGAGGUCGAAGGAGAGGAUAGAGGGCGCGGCCGCAGCCGUUGGAGAUGUCAAGGAUGUCGUGUUGUAA